AUGGCGGUUUCAACUAGAAGAACAACCGGACCGGUGCUAAGAUCUCACUCGCCGGCCGGAAGAUUCUACAACUCAUCGUCGUCGUCCUUUGCCUCAGCCAGCUCCGCCUUCUCAUCCAGAUCCACUUCGUUUUUUGAACACAGAUCAGCGUCGCCAACUCCGGUGAACCUAUACGGAACAUCGUCGUCGUCCGUACGAUUUUCGUUCGACAAUCGUCCAAUUUCUCCGAGCAGAUCGAUAUCUUCGCUGCCUAGGAAUCACAAUCAGGCGGUGAAGAAACAGGAAACUCCGAAGAGGACGUGUAUGUGUUCGCCUACGUCGCAUCCAGGAUCAUUCAGGUGCAGCUUGCAUAAGAACUCCAACAACAACAAUAAUCACCACCACAACACGGCGACGUAUCCUUCAAAUCGUCUCAACGCACGGCGGUCGGCGAUGACUAACUCGCUUGUCCGUAUAGGAACCGUGGAAGGAGGCGAUUUAGUCAAAAGAGCUCUUGCGGCGUUGAUCCGGCCAUCAUCUCAUCAGCAACGACGGAGAACCUCGUUUCAGGCUAGGCCGAGUCGGCUAUCAGUCAUUUUCUCAGAUUCCGUUCCGUUAACUUCCGUUACGUGCCGUGUUGGGAUACGUGAUAUUCCGUUUCGUCGCCGUUCCGUCGUCUGGUACAUAAUUUCUUCAUUGUAG